AUGGUGAAGGUAACUAUCAUUGGUAGGGUUGAAGAUGGAUUCCCUCUUACACAAGAUCAAACCUAUGUAAACCGACAAGACAACGCUAGCUUCUUGUUGUAUAAGCAACAAGCCGAGUUCCUUCUUACACAAAUCUCCAAAGGCUCAUUGUUACAUCCUAAGAUGACCAUCUUGCUCGAUCAUCAUUCUUUCCACUUCUUGGUGGAGAAGAAGAUAUGUUACAUCACGCUAUCUGACUCUUCGUAUCCAAGAAAGCUAUUGUUUCAUUACCUGCAGGAUCUGCAAAAGGAACUUGAUAAGUUCGACGAGACAGUAUUGAUCAAGACAAUCUCAAAACCCUAUAGCUUCGUUGGGUUUGGUAAGAUCAUAGGGAGAAUAAGGAAACAAUAUAUGGACACGAGAACACAGGCUAACCUAUCCAAGCUGAAUGCUUUACGGAAACAAGAACUCCAUGUAGUCACCGAGCAUAUAAAUGAUAUAAUACAAAGGCGACAGCUUCUAGAAAUAGCGUAUUUGGAUCCAAGAACGUCUGUUUCAACCAUUUGGAGUUCACAGUUUCGUCAGGAUAUUGCGUUAAAAUGGACACCAGUGACGACCAUUAUUCUCGUUAUUCUUGUUCUUUUCAAAGCAAGAUUGAUUAUGACAGAUGAUUAUUUAAUUUCAACCAUGAUAUAAAUAUUUU